GUCGCGCAGGCGCGGGGCGGGGGAGCCGGGUGCCGCCAUGCCGACCGUCAGCGUGAAGCGGGACCUGCUCUUCCAGGCGCUGGGCAGGACCUACACUGAUGAAGAAUUUAAUGAGCUUUGCUUUGAGUUUGGUUUGGAGCUUGAUGAAAUUACAUCUGAGAAAGACAUUAUAAGUAAAGAAAAAGGCGAAGAAAAGGCAAAGGGUGCAUCUGAUACUGUUCUCUAUAAAAUUGAUGUUCCUGCCAACCGUUAUGAUCUUCUUUGCCUUGAAGGAUUGGUCCGAGGACUGCAGGUCUUUAAAGAAAGGAUAAAUCUCCCUAGGUACGAAAAGAUAAUACCAGCUCAGGGUGAAGGUCAGAGGCUGAUUAUCACUGAAGAGACUGUCCAAGUCCGUCCUCAUGCUGUAGCUGCAGUCCUUCGUAAUAUAAAUUUUACCAAGGAACGUUAUGAUAGUUUCAUUGACCUCCAAGAAAAACUACACCAAAAUAUUUGCAGGAGAAGAGCAUUAGUAGCAAUAGGUACCCAUGACUUGGACACCAUCUCUGGUCCAUUUACUUUUACAGCCAAAGCACCUUCUGAAAUUAAAUUCAAGCCCUUGAAUCAAUCCCAGGAGUACACAGCUUCACAAAUUAUGGAUCUGUAUAGGACUGACAGCCACCUUCGACACUAUUUACACCUAAUUGAAAACAAGCCACUUUAUCCUGUCAUUUAUGACAGCAACGGUGUUGUUCUGUCCAUGCCACCAAUCAUCAAUGGAGAUCAUACAAAAAUAAGUGUAAACACCAGAAAUGUGUUUGUUGAAUGUACAGGCACAGAUAUUACAAAGGCAAAAAUUGUUCUUGAUAUUAUAGUCACGAUGUUUAGUGAAUAUUGUGAGAAGCCAUUCAGUGUUGAAGCAGCAGAAGUAGUUUAUCCUAAUGGGAAGACCCACAUCUAUCCGGAACUGGCUUACCGAAAAGAGAAGGUGAAACCUGAGCUCAUUAACAAGAAAAUAGGAAUCAGUGAAACUCCAUCAAGCCUUGCAAAGCUGCUGACUAGGAUGUGUUUGAAGUCACACGUCACAGGGAAUGGGAACAAUAUAGAGAUUGAAAUCCCUCCUACCAGAGCGGACAUUAUCCAUGCAUGUGAUAUCGUCGAAGAUGCAGCAAUAGCUUAUGGUUAUAACAACAUUCAGAUGACUAUUCCGAAAACGUACACCAUAGCUAAUCAACUCCCCCUCAAUAAGCUCACAGAACUUCUGAGACUGGACUUGGCAGCUGCUGGAUUCACUGAAGCACUGACUUUUGCCCUGUGUUCUCAAGAAGACAUAGCAGAUAAACUUGGCAUGGAUAUCUCUGCAACAAAAGCAGUGCGCAUAGCAAACCCCAAAACUGCAGAAUUUCAGGUGGCACGUACAACCCUCCUUCCCGGGCUACUGAAAACUAUUGCUGCUAACCGAAAGAUGCCCUUGCCUCUCAAACUCUUUGAGAUUUCUGACAUUGUAGUAAAAGAUCCUAAUACAGAUGUAGGUGCAAGAAACUACAGGCAUUUCUGUGCAGUUUAUUACAAUAAGAGCCCAGGGUUUGAGAUUAUCCAUGGUUUGCUGGACAGGGUCAUGCAGCUUCUUGAAGUACCACCAAAUGAAGAGAAUGGCUACACAAUCAAGGCAACUGAAGGGUGAGCUGCACAUGAAUUAAAAAUAACAUCCUUAAGUGCAAAAUCUCCUCUGAGUAUAUGCAUAUGCAUGUAAGAGAGAAAGCAAGCAAGUUGACCCCAUUACUUCAUUGAGAGAGCAUAGGUUGAUGCAAGAGAGCAAGCAUCAGCAUCUAAUCUACUAUGCUACUUAAAAUAACAGUGUAGUAAAUACAGUAUAGAAAAGCAAGACUGCAGGGAUAGCAGCUAUGAUUUACUUAUAUGUCAUGCAUUGGUGUUCAAAGAUAUGAGACACUGACUCAAAUUGACUCAGCUUGAAGAAGUGCCUCCAUUCUGCACUUACUGGAACAAGUGGCACUGACAGAGAGUCCCUGACAGCCUGACCGAGCUUGCCUAUUCACAGAACUUUAAUGAAAAAUUGUUAGAUGUCUCCCUGUUUUGCAGUGCCCUGCCAAGAUGCCAAACACAACACUUCAACUAAGUGGUCUCCUAGCACUUUAAUGCACGUUUGUGUCAUAUAUAUUGACACUUUUUUUUCCUCCUGUUUUUUGACAAAGUACUAUUUUGCUCAGUAUUAUUUAGGCAGACUUUCAAAGGGUUUAUUAGAAUACUGUUAAUAGGAUGCCCAGGUAGACCAGAGGAAUUCUGCCAAGCACAGAACAAGUAAUAGCAAAGCUUCUUAUUUGGAAGCGGGGUGCAGUGCGGGGGUUGGAAGAGCCUCUGGCAGUUGGGUACUCAGCUGUCAUUGAAGUCAAACCAAACUGUUAAAUUCCUUUUCAAAAUUCUUCUGUAGCUCAUUUUUGAAUAGACAUAUCAAGAGUUUGCUUUAGUACUGACAAUAUUUGGAAGUCUUUUCUAUCUUGUAUGGUAGCAUUUCAAUGAUGAAUGGCUGGCUUCAAGAAACUGGAAAAAAGACCUCAAAAAAUAAUCCAAACACAGUGAAGGAGUUAUUUCUAGAUACUAGUACUGUUUAGUAUUCCUGAUGCUGUGGGAUUUGUAAUGCCCAUUCAAAAUCCCUACAUUCCCAUGACGUUACUCCACAAUGCAUUUAGUGUAAAGGACGGAUUAUGCCUUGUCAUAUGCAAUAUAUUACAAGCAGUUUGUGGCUUUUGGCUAUAGACAAAGAAAAAAGUACCUACUACUUUCUGUUUCACCAGUGAUUCAGAAACUCUCCUGGGAUGGCAUGUAGACUGCUUGCAGUUCUCUUGACAUUGGAAUUUAACCUUGGUGACAAUGCAGAUGGCUGAUACUCUAGUGCCAUAGAGAAUGCAGUGUCACUGCACCAACUUACUUAAAAGACCUUCACUUCAGACAGAGAUGGUUGGAAGUCAAAGUAGUUUGGGGGAUUUUGUUUGGUUUUGGUUUUUUGUUGUUCUGUUGGGUUUUUUUAAACUUGCUUUGUAAUGUGUCAGUUAAGCUUGUGUGAGAGAGAAAGUGUCAGCAGAUGAUGGAGUAAGGUCAAUCGCUGAGUGAAAAAAAAAAAAUAUCCUGUAACAUCUUAAGAGACUGCAGGAUACUGAAAUAAUUCAGAUGAACAGUGCAAGUUACUUCAGAGGUUUUAAAUCAGGACAUUACCCACGGCGUGGAUUUUUAGAUGUAUGUUUAUGGAGCAUGCUUUUUUUUAUUGCCUGUGCCAAAUUAAAAUUUGUACAGCGAGAAAUGGGUUUAUCCUACAACGCUGAUUUAGAAAGAUCCUAGAUACUUUUUCUGUAUGUGAUCUUAAGCAAAACUUGAGAGUAGUAAACAACACAGUGUAAAGGUAGGGUUUUAGUCCAGUUAUUUUUAUUCCUUGUGUAACUGAUUAAAAUAGUUGCAGUGAUUAUUGGAAAACAAUACAGGGAAAAAGUGUUGUUUUAAAUGAGCAAUAAAGAAUAGAUAGAGAUGUAUUUGGCACAUAUUUGCCUCUUUUCCAAAUUCAGUUUGAAAAAUGAAAUGCCUGUACUAUAAGUCCUGUUUGGUCCAUAUGUGCAAAUCACGGUUAUUUAAGCUCCUUCUGUUCUACCAACACCUAAGUGCCCUGUGAUUUGACCUUAAGGUCAGAGCCUGUUUGCCUUUAUAGCAACACCUGUGAAAAAAUUACAGAUGCUAGAAAAUAUGGGUGAAAUUGUGAUGUUCCCCUGGCCUUUGCACUACACUUUGGUGUAAUCUGAGCUAAGUAAUAAAUGGAGAAGAGCUUUUUAGAGCAGCCUUAAGGAAGAGGGGUUUGAGUGACUGAAUUCAAAGAUUUCAACAUACAUUUGGCACUCAAUGCUUUUCAGUUACUUGAAGUUACUAAUGGAACCAUAUUUUUUUUUGUAUUACCACUAAAUAUACAAAAUUAUAAAGUUUGAAAGACAGAACUCUGAAAUGCUCUUCAUUGUCUUAAAAUGCACAGAAAGGACUUUUUGAUAUGUAGUGAAUCCUAUAAUUACUGGCCUAGAAAAGCAUUUUUGUUUUUUCAUUGUUUGUUUUAUAGCAUAGGCAUCCAUAAUCAAACAUAGAUAGAAAAGAGUAUGAUUAUUGCAUAAAACUCUUCAGAUUUUAGCCAGUUCCAUACCAUUAAUAAAAUUUAAAGAUCAGUAUGGAUAUGUAUGAUUAGGAGGUAAACAAAAUAAAAUCAAACUUUUUAAACGAUAAAAGUAUGGGUAGAAAGAACCAACAAAUUUGGUCAUAUAUUGUCAGGUAAUUUAAUAAAAUUUUUUAUUUUUAAAUUGACUUUCAUUGGUUUCAGUUCCCUUGAAUUGAAAACUAGAGGCAUUCUGAAAAUUAUAUUGGAAGGUAUUCUUUGUUUCAAGUUUUAAUCUCUGCAGGAAUGGGUAUGUUUUCUGCAACAUUUUGGUCAUUUUGUACUUCCGGAUGACCAUCUGAGAUAACUAUUUUCUUCCAGAAAUCCAGACCAUCAUUACAGGAGGUAAUGUUAAUCAUGGGAUUUGGGUCCACAGUAAAGUCUUACUUAGGCUAAAAAGAAUAAAAAAAGGCUUAGUAAGUACUGACAGUGGAUCCUAUAUCACAGUCUUCAAAGGAGUGGUAUGAAGUGUAAGGUAUAAUUAUCCUCACUCACAUUGUAACAUUUAGAAUGCCUGUCCCUUAUUUCAGGAAAGAAACCCUAGUUUUGCAGUACCUUCUGAGAGUCUCUGGACUUUGCAAAUGGAAGUUAAUUGGACACAAGCUGUUUGAAAAGGGAAAAUAAUAUCCAGAUUUUAUGAAAAUGAAGCAAUUUGACAGUUUCACAGAAAAUCUUAAUGGUAAAUCCGUGCAUUGAUACUGCUUCACUGUUUGCCCCACUAACUUCCAUGACAAAAUUGGUAUUUGAUGAAGUAGCAUUCAUUCAUGUGAAAACAAACAGUCCCUGAAUAGUGUGAGCUUCUGACAUGAGCCACUUUUUUGUACAUUAUUGAUUCUUGUGAAUUUCAGCUAACUCUGGGAUUUUUUUUUUUACUUUGUUUUUAAGUAAAUGUUCAUGCCAUUCAUUCUUUUAGGGUAAUCAACAGCUUAGUAAAGCUGGGAAGUCA